AUGGCCUCAGUACCAGAGCCUACGCCGGCCGAAUCAGAAACCAACCUCGUGGAACCAAAAGCCUCUGUCACCGAGGGUAACCGAGCAGCCUUCGACGCCAAUCUCCAUUUCCCAGCUCUUGUCAAGGAGACAAGGGCCAAGCCAGAGCGCCAACAGGCUCUCUCCUCUCCUUCACGAACACCGAGGGCAAACGAGAAGACGAGCAAGCCUAUGGUCCCCGUUCGUUCACCAAAGCCGAAGGAUGACCACACCUGGUUCAACGAGUCGUCCCACGAGUUGGAGAAUGGCUUUCAGGCACCCACUCCUAGGGUGAUUUCCCGCAAAUCCCCGCCGUCUCUACAUCCCAAGCCCCGUGUCACACUGGCCCAGGAAACCACUUUCCACGCUUUUCAUCAGCGUCAAGCGUUUGGGAUCCCGCCUUCGAACUCGGACGAGAUUUACAAUGGCCAGUCGUCGAAGCGCUGGUCCGAAGGUAGCAGCCAGCGAUCGUCUGUGUCGAGCAACACAUGGCAGUGGGAUGACGAUGCACCGCUUGACUCAAGGAAUGAGGAGAGCAGUCUCAGUGUGGGGGCUGAAAGCAUGUUGAGAUCUUUGAGCAAUGACUCGAAAGAUCGUGAAACAGAGACUUUCAAGCAAUCCUCUGCCCACCAAGAGGUCCCGCGUUUCAGCGUGGUUUCCGCAACGUCGACCGGAUCCUCCAUGUAUGACGACCACCAUCUGACAGACUCCUCAGACAGCGAGUUCGAGGAUGCGCGACAGGAUUACUGUUUCGGCGAUGGAAGCCUCCAGAGCCCAGGGGAGCGCCGCCAGCACCAUCAUCGACAAAACGAACACCAGCAUAGUGUUCGUCUGGUCUCGAAACGACCGGAGCCUGCGAACGCCAAUCGGAGAGAGGUCAUCUUACAAGAGUUUAUGGAGAGUGAAGAAACUUUCUUGGACAACGCGCAGUACUGCAUCGACAACUUUAUUCUCCCCAUCCGCACGCAGGAUCGGAGGUCAUGGAUUGGGGGUGUCCCGGCAGACAUCAGCCGGCUUUUGGAUUGGUACGAAGAUAUUGUCAACCUCCACAUGUGUAUCCUCCAAACACUCGAAUCUUCGAUGUCGACACAAGGACCUGGCUCGUCAACGAUCAAUGGGCUCCCUGGAUAUCUGAAAGACUUUGUUCCCAGGUUGCAUGUUUACCAGCCCUACCUGGUGAGGUUAGCCGAUGUUCUGGAGGAGGUGGCGAAGCUGGCAUCAAACACGGAUAGUGACUUUGGCGAGUUCAUUAGGAUGCAGGAGCGGAUUUUGAAACCGAAGGGAUGGACCUUCGAGGGUCUCUUGAUGGAGCCUGUUCAUCGGCUUGCUGCCUACCAGGACAUGUUCACGGAUCUGUUGGACCACACUCCGCAAAGUCAUCCCGAAUUCCUGGCAUCCUACACUCUGGCGAAAUCCGUUGACACUGUCAUGAAAGUCCUCACUGAGGUCAAACUGCGCGAGAACGAGUAUAAACUGAUCCAGACCCUGGCCUCUCAGAUAUCUGAUUCCGCUGUCGGAGAUUCCUUGGCGACUCGGGAAAGACGACUGCUAUACUCUGGAACUGUCAGACUAAUCUCUCAUGCCUUGCCACCUCCAGUCACACCUAGUGGACUGUCUUCCCCGCAACUUUCUAGAGUCGGGAAACCAACCAACCGAUUGGUCGAGGCCAUCAGCGUUUGGGAACGUUCUCCGAAGCGGUCUGAUUCGGUCAAAUCGACGUCCUCGUCCAUUACUGCAUCGAUGAAGUCUUUCAAUACUGCCAGCUCUGGGAGCGCAUCAAUUAACCUUGACGGUGCAUCGAGACUUCCGAAGCUGAAGGACAUGUUCAAACGGAAACCUAGUCGGACUGGCCUGUCAAACUCUUCCGUGGACUCAUCGAGCGCUCACCCAACUACCAUCAUCCCACCUGACCAUGUCCAAGCCUUUGUGUUCUCUGAUCUUCUUCUGCUCAUCACGCCUCGACAAUCCAGCGCAUCCCAAUACGAUCUUGUUCCCGGAGUUGGACUCUCCAGGAUUUUCUCCGUUUCUCAGACCUCGGUCGAUAAUCCACAAGGUCAGUGGCCAAGUCAUGCGCCGAAUGCCGCAAAACCCACCACCACCAACUCCCGUACAGAGUUUACAUUGCAACUCAUACCCACCCCACGAGCUGUCAACACCAAUGGAGCUGCUUCCAUCCCCGCUUCCACUCCUCUCACCUCCGCAGUGGUCGAAAUCGUCCUUAAAUCCGAUUCUCAGGAAGGCAGUGGUGAACGUACACCAGCAUCGGCGGAACUAGUAGAGUCCUUUUCAAAAGCCUUGGAACAAAGUACGCGACAUACGCAGCGGCUACUCUCGUUCUCCGGGUUCCAGGACGCCGCCAACUUUCGAUCUGAUUCUUCCAAGGACACCUGGUUGACUGUUUCUUCGUUGAUGGCGUCUGGGUUGCCUAUGCCCAAGAGCCCCUCUGGCGAACUCCCGGAUCUCAAGUAUGGGCAGGAAGACGAAGAAGCGAAGAAGAUGGAGAGAGAAGAACGGGGGUGGUGGACGCUUCGAUAUCAGCAGGUUCUCGGGGAGAUGCAUCGGCAAUGUGUGUUUACGGCUUCUACGACGACUACGACGACUACUGGGAGAUGAGAACAGACUUCUUUUCGUUUAUUUCGACGAUGACAGUACUACUAGUAGGGUAUAUUACAAACAACAACAGUUGUCUAAUUUUUGUGUCAAGUUCGAUGUCCACCUUUUGAAACAACAACAACAGCGGUACAGCAAAUAAC